CUUUUGUCUGUUUCAUUCAAGAUAUUUUCUUUUUUUUUAAUCCUAGUACUUAGGACUAGUAGGUUGGCUGCCUAUAAAGCUUCACAAAAGCUAGGAAAAUCCAUUUCCCCUUAGAGACCCUGAUUAUUUUCAAGUAUCUCGUUGCUUUACUAAGAUGGGUUCAUUUCAAACCAGAAAUCCCCAUGCUGUAUGCGUUCCAUAUCCAUCACAAGGCCAUGUUACCCCCAUGAUGCAGCUGGCUAAGCUCUUACACUCAAGGGGCUUCCACAUAACCUUUGUUAACACUGAGUUCAACCAUAGGCGCUUGAUCAGAUCCAAAGGGCCAGACUCUGUUAAAGGUCUGCCUGAUUUCCGGUUCGAAACAAUCCCGGAUGGGCUGCCAUACUCUGAUCAUGAUGGAACACAGGAUGUUCCAGCUCUAUGUGAUUCAACACGAAAGAAUUGUUUGGCUCCAUUUUUAGAGCUACUAGCCAAGUUAAAUUCGUCACCCCAAGCGUUGCCUGUUACUUGCAUAGUUUCGGAUGGAGUUAUGAGCUUUGCUAUUAAGGCUGCUGAAAUGCUAGGCAUACCAGAAGUUCAAUUUUGGACUGCCUCAGCUUGUAGCUUCAUGGGAUAUUUGCAAUUCAGCGAACUACUUAAAAGAGGCAUUAUUCCAUUCAAAAACAAAAAUUUUCUUACUGAUGGCACUCUUGAUACACCAAUUGAUUGGAUCCCGGGAAUGAGUAACCUUCGCCUCAGAGAUAUUCCAAGCUUUAUCAGAGCCAACAAUCCAGAUGAUAUUAUGUUUGAUUUCAUGGGAUCAGAAGCCCACAAUUGCCUAAAAGCUCCAGCAAUCAUCUUCAACACAUUUAAUGAGUUUGAACAUGAAGUUUUAGAAGCAAUCGCUGCCAAAUUCCCUCGAAUUUAUAUAACAGGGCCACUUCCCUUGCUUGCCAGGCACAUACCUGACGGUCCAUCCAAGUCAAUAAAUUCAAGCCUAUGGAAAGAAGACACAAAAUGUAUUGAAUGGCUUAACAAAAAGGAGCCCAAUUCAGUUGUGUACGUGAAUUAUGGUAGCGUGACUGUCAUGUCAGAGCAGCAUCUGAAAGAAUUUGCCUGGGGGCUUGCUAAUUGUAAGCACCCAUUUUUAUGGAUUGUUAGGCCAGAUGUUGUGAUGGGUGAUUCCGCGGUUCUGCCUGAAGAGUAUUUGGAGGAGAUUAAGGAUAGAGGAUUGAUAACAAGCUGGUGCUCCCAAUACCAGGUUCUUUCACAUCCUUCAGUUGGUGUUUUUCUAACACAUUGUGGGUGGAAUUCUACCCUGGAAGCCAUAUGUAGAGGUGUCCCUGUAAUUUGUUGGCCAUUUUUUGCUGAUCAACAAACAAAUUGUCAUUAUGCUUGCACCGCUUGGGGCAUUGGAAUGGAGGUUGAUCCUGAUGUGAAGCGAGAGAACAUUGAGUUUCUAGUUAAGGAAAUGCUGGAAGGGGAUAAAGGAAAGAAAAUGAAGGAGAAGGUUUUGGAAUGGAAGAAGAAAGCGGAAGCAGUCACUGAUGUCGGUGGAUCAUCUUACAAUGAUUUUGAUAAAUUUAUCAAAGAAGCUCUCUAAUUUCUAUAAUUAUUGAACAUUAAGGUCUGUUGAAGACCAAAGCCCAAGAGCAGACAACUACUUAAAUAAUCACUGGGGUACUUCGUUGCCUCUGCAUUUCACUCUGUUCUCGACCCGUAUUUCUUUCUACUUCUUGUAUUAGCUUCAGCUGAAGGGAUUUCUUUCUUUCUUCUUCUUGUAUUAGCUUCAGCUGAAGGGAUUUCUUUUAAGUUUUUAGUGGGGCAUGUGUAAUCAACAUCGUCAAAGUGUAUCUUUAUAUCAAGCAAUAUUCCAAUCUAAAUUCAAUUCUGUUAUGCCUAA